AUGUCGCGUCCCCAAUAUAACGGUCAGCCUCUCUGUCUCGUGGACACCACCGACUUUAGCGGUGAAUGGGCUGUCCCUGCCGACCCGGCCAUGCGGCGCUUGCCUGAGGAAGACGACGACGUCUGGGCUUUUAUGUCCCUGAGCCUAUCUACAGGGAAUUUGUUCGUCCAGAGCUUUCCAUUCGUCAUCACCAAUCGCACGGGUCAACCUCUCUCUAUACGCGUCCAGGGAGUUGCAGCCGACUGGUCUCUUGAUCUUACUGGAGACUUAAAUCGCGCCCCCGUGUCACAGCGAAGGCGGUGGAACCCAGUCUUGUUUCUUCGCCUCGCCUCGGGUUAUGACGGUUGGGACGACACAUUUCGGCGCCAGAUGGAUGCUCUGGCGACUGUCAUACGCGCUGUCUUUCGACACCUCGGCCUCCCUCCCCCCUCUGCACUGCAUUCGUUGCCCCAAACUCUUACAAUCCGCAGAAGGGUGUACCAACCCAAUGGCGAGCCGUUCGAGCGGCCUUCAUUCCAAUUUCUAGGUCCUGAUCAGGUGGUGAGGCCUUGGAGACGUACGAGUCUUAUGAUGGGCGAUGUUCUGGAUGUAGCGAUAUAUCCGGAAGUCGUGCUUUUCCAAGGGGAAGACGGUUUACCGAGAACCUCAGUAUUUUUCUCAUUCACGAACGUGGUGCGGGUCAAGCGUCGUAUCGAUCUUGUCAGGGAAGGUAUGGGCCAAUAUCGCCCUCCGUUCGUCAGACGCCGCAACGAUUACAGAAGCGACGGGAAUAUUGGACACACGGUUCACACCUCAGUAGACGACGGUGACGAGUCGCCCACUGAGGAUAUACUCAGACUUGUUCGCGAUGGGAACAUAAUGGCCAGAUCCCCCGACGGGGACGACGAAGGCUCAAUGGAAGAAUCAGACGACGGAUCCUCCAUUGACAGCGCGGAUGUCUCCAGCGAAACCUCCACCGACGUAUCAGAUGGCUCUGGCGAAUCUUCCACAGACGACACACAUAGCGCGGGCAGGUCCUCCCCGUCUGCACAAGACGAGGGAUCGGGUGACAGUGUGGGCUCUGAUGGAUCGGAUGACGCUAUGAGUGUGGGGGACUACGAAGAUGAUGGGUGGAUAGUCCAGGACGAUGACGUUGGGAGCAGUGGUGACGACGAGGGCGAUGGGUCUGCUGAAGGCGAGGGAGAUGACGAGUACGAUGGUAGAGUGGACCUUUGA